UAUCAGUUCCUGUGUUGUUGAGAGAUCUUCCGGUAUAUGCGGUGGCAAGACAAACCUGCGAAUACGCAGAUUCAUAUAUGUACCAGCUAGUUUAGAGUGCUGCCGAAAAACAAGCUCAUCUAAUUCAAGUGCUUUUCCAGUGAUUUGACAUGGCUGAGCCACGCAGCCCGGUGUCUGCUUCUGUACCCCACACUCCAAUGGUGCUCCCCACCCCAGAGGGCCCAACGCUUGAGAUGGACCCGAUGGAGUACACCCUCCGUAAGCGACUGCCCCGCAAACUGCCCAAACGACGGAACGACGUCUACGUCAAUAUGAAAACAGACUUCAAGGCCCAGCUGGCGAGGUGUCAGAAACUUCUGGACGCUCAUAGGGAAAUCUGCAUCCACGGUCUGGGACUGGCUAUCAACCGGGCCAUUAACAUUGCCCUGCAGCUUCAGACGUCCAGCCAGGGUGCACUGCAGCUGGCAGCCAACACGUCUACCGUAGAGCUCAUAGAUGAUCUGGAGCCCGAAGAUCCGGAUGAGGCAGGAGAGCCGCUUACACGCACCCGUAAUAACUCGGCCAUCCACAUCAAAGUGUUUUAUCCCAACCCGUAGAGCCAGUAUUAAUAUCAUCACAAUAAAUGGGAACUUCAAAGACUUCAUAAACAUUCAUCUCAAGUUUGUGGUGUGUAUGAGUGGUUUAAAGGCAAUGCCUGUUUUAUUUUGUAUGUUGAAUGUUUUGGUUUAGCCUGAAGCUUUGCUUAAGUUAAAUUAAUUGCUGUGAUGUUCUUAAAUGUUUCAUUUAAAAAACAAGAUGUAGACAGGAAAUGUGCCAUAUUGUGUUUUUUUCACUUUCAGAAACUGAAAUCCAUUUAUGCAUGUUUUCUUGUGUAAACUCAUAAUCAAAAGAUCAUGCAGAUGUUGUGAUUUAAAGCUCAGUUAAAUGGAAAGUAAAACGAUAUUGUUAGAUCUA